UGUAGGGUUUGAGCCAAUGGUUGAGCUCAGAGUGCGCAUGCGCAAUGGGCGGUAUAGUUUUGGGCAAGAAAGAUGGCGGACGAUAAGGACUCUGUACCGAAGUUGAAAGAUCUUGCUUUUUUGAAAGAUCAGUUGGAAAAUUUGAAACAAAGAGUAGAGAAUGAAGUGCAGGCUGGUGUUGGACAGGAAGGUUCUUUGCUGGCAUCUCCAUUUCUCAAAGGGUUCCUUGCUGGGUAUGUUGUAGCCAAACUCCGAUCUUCAGCAGUUCUGGGAUUUUUCGUGGGAACUUGUACUGGCGUGUACGCUGCUCAAACCUAUGCAGUCCCUAAUGUGGAAAAGACUAUCAAAGACUACUUCAACUCAUUUAGAAAAGGACCAGACUAAAAGUGGACUCCUCAUGCAGUGAUACACUCCAGGGAAUUCUGCUUCUCAUCUUAGAAUUUGUCAACUAUUUCAAGUCUGUAUAGGUCUUAAAUGUUUGGCUCCCCGUUCAUAUUUGCUAGGAAAGUGGAUAUAACUGAUGAGUUUGACAUUUCAGCAGGUCUGAUUGCAAUUAUUCUCAGUUCAUUAUAUCAUGAAAGCUAUAGUUCCUUUUUCAGCCAUGCUGGGACUUGGAUGCUUCUAAAAUAUUUGCUUGAACAGCUAUAUUUCCUUUUCUCUGAUAUAUUUAUCAUUCUAAUGGUAUUAAGGGCAGUGGUUAGGUUACUAUGCUUUUGUGCUUAAGACUGGAACCUAUCAAAUACCCCUGCUUUGACUUGUUCACAUUUGAAAUAUCCUUUUUCUUUCAAUCAUGCAUCAAUAUUUAAAUGACAUGUGCAUCUCACCAUCAGUUACUAUUUUACUGAUUUAACUCAUUAAACAUGUCAUAAACUUGUUUCUAUGAA